AUGACAAUCAGUUAUUCGGAUACAUUCGUGAGGCUACUAUUUCGAUGGAAAGGCUCACUCUGGAAAGCUAUUUGGAGGCAUCUGCUUGUAUUUCUAGUUCUGUACUAUGCUAUUAAUGCAGCUUACCGAUUUUUGAUGACCGUGGAUCAACGUAUGAUUUUUGGGAGAUACGUUAUACUUUUUGAUAGUUGGACAAAAGAGAUUCCGUUGACUUUCUUGCUUGGUUUCUAUGUAGCUAUGAUUAUUCGGAGGUGGUGGGCUUGUUGCCAACUUAUAAGCUGGCCAGAUCAUUUUCUGUUUAAUGUAUCUGCACUUAUUCGAGGCUCUGAUGAGGAGACACGAAUUAUUCGCAAGACUAUAGCACGAUACACUGUUCUUGCGUCAGUGCUUGCUUGGAGAAGCAUAUCAUUGCGUAUUCUUACGAGGUAUCCAACAGAUGAUCACCUCCUGGAUUCUGGGCUAAUGACGAAAGAGGAGUUAGCAGUAUUCAGGACAGUGAAUGUCAAAGUUGAUCCACAUCAGAAAUGGUUCGUUCCACUAAACUGGAUACAGACAAUGAUGGUGCGAUGUUUCGAAAAAGGCACGCUUGGACAUACCAACGAGCUUAGAUCUCUGCUGGAUGCUCUUGAAAAAUACCGUAACGGCUUUUUCCAGCUGUUUAUCUACGACUGGAUUGCGAUUCCAUUAGUUUACACUCAGGUAUCGACGAUCUCUGUUUAUGGGUACUUCGCGUUUGCCCUAAUCGGACGCCAAUUUCCCAGUCAAAACCAAUAUGGAGAAGUUGUUGAUAUGUACAUACCAGUGUUCACGAUACUGCAAUUCCUCUUUUUCGUUGGUUGGUUGAAAGUUGGAGAGGAUCUGAUGUUUCCGUUUGGUGCGGAUGACGAAGAUUUUGAGUUCAAUUACAUACUCGAGCGUAAUUUGGAGAUGGCAUUGCUAAUUGUUGAUGAGCUCCAUAAUCAAGUACCACCAAUCUACGUGGAAUCCCUCAAUGACAAAAUGCAGUUACUUCACACUCGAGCUUCUGUGAAGUUGCCAAAUCAUCCUCAACGACAGCAUUUGAGGAAAUACAAGAUUGAUGAAGAAGAGAUGAGCAUAUGUAAAAACAAGCCUUUUGUAAAUACAGGUAUCAAAUACAGUAUGACACCCGUCAAAGCGAGUGAACUUUCUUCCUUUGCCGAUUUUCAAAAUUUGGCAAACGGACCACAUGAAAAGAACGGAAAUUCCAAGGCUUGA